UUUUGUGUAAUACUUUGUUUCCGUCCCCAGGAAUUACCAGUGUGGUUGUGGGCCAUCCCCUGGACACAGUCAAGACUCGUUUGCAAGCUGGACAAGGAUAUGGAAAUACACUCAAGUGUUUUCUCACUGUGUACAGAAAUGAGUCUGUGACUGGCUUCUUCAAGGGCAUGUCCUUCCCCAUGGCCACCACAGGCCUGUACAGCUCGGUGGUGUUCGGGGUGUUCAGCAGCACGCAGCGGUUCCUGGGCCAGCUCCGCCACGGGGACGCGGCCGCCGCGCCCUCGCUCGCCGACAUGACCGUGGCCAGCUCGGUGGCAGGGUUUGUCUCCGUGGCCAUUGGCACUCCCGUGGACCUGGUAAAGAUCAGGCUACAGAUGCAAACACAGCCCUACAGCAAAGCAGACGUUAAACUAAAGCCCACAGCUCCUGGAUCUCCUGUGUACCGAGGCCCAAUCCACUGCUUUUGGACAAUCCUACAGAAAGAGGGGAUAGCAGGAAUCUACCGAGGCACAGUGGCAAUGCUCCUGAGGGAUGUUCCUGGGUACUGCGUCUACUUCAUCCCUUAUGCAGUUUUCUGUGACUGGGCAACUCCUGAGGGAUGCAUUUCUCCCAGUCCCUUCUCUGUCUGGCUGGCAGGGGGUGUAGCAGGAGCCAUUUCCUGGGGAUUAUGCACUCCAAUGGAUGUUGUGAAAAGUCGACUUCAGGCAGAUGGAGUUUAUUUAAAUCAGUACAAAGGGACCCUUGACUGCAUCUUGCAGAGCUACCAGAACGAGGGCUUAAAAGUGUUUUUUAGGGGCCUCACGGUCAAUACAGUGCGAGGAUUCCCAUCGAGUGCAGCCAUGUUUCUUGGCUAUGAACUUUCCCUCAAAGCAAUGAAAAGAGGCCAAACUGAGACCAAUCCCUAACUUCCAGUGUUGCCAAGAAGAACCAGAAAGCCCCCUGCUUUCCUGAGCCAAAUCAGCAGUGUGGUGUUGGUGUGGGCUCAGCUGCUCUGACUGAAGACUCCCAUCCUGCACCUACAGCACCUGCUGGGACUGAGUCCGUGCAGGACUCCGAAAAUGGCACCAGCUCAGUCAAACCCAAAGACCAUUUUCUUAUCAAAUCUUUCACUCUGUUGACUAAGAACACCUCAAUAAUUGGUGGGCUUUUUCAUCAGUGACAUUUUUCCUGUUGAGCCAGGAAAACAACUCACCUCCCUUUCCCAAGGGAUGUGUCCAAACCCAGCCCAUCUGACAUCACCGAGGGAGCAUCUUUCGUACAACACUGGAAAUAAUGCUCAUCUUUUGUGUGAACAAGGAGAGGAGGAGGUGUGGUGGGUACACAGGUGCUUUUCCUGUAGGAAGGUCUGGAUUCCUAUAAAAUCCUAGCUUGCUUUCAGGUUUAAAGAACUAGAUGAUUCCUCCUGUACAAACACACACUCGUGUUUUCCGUCACAGUUUGCCACAAUGCAACACAUUAUUAUGAAAAAACGUGAAGGGCUUUAACAACUUCAGUCUGUUAUCCAAGGUUAUAUAUUAAAUUGGAAAACAGGAGGAUGUUACAUUCAGAGAACUAAGCUCCUUUUUUUAUUCAGGAAACAAUAAAUCAAGUCUGCAUUUCAUA